CUCAGAUCUUGUUCUUUCAUUGAUCUUUCUUUCAUUCGGCUUCUAAAAAAGUCUGAAGCCUUGAUCUGUUCGUGUGCAUCUUGGUGGUCAGCGCUGCAUCAAAAGAAAAAAACGUCUGGAUGCAGAUGAGCUCUACAACAACAGACAGAGACGUUACUAUUGACAGGAAGAGCUGGAUGAUGAGUGCUGCUGAGACUAAGUCGACCCUGGAGUCCAGACUGGACGCCCUGCAGAGCCACUUCACCUGGGACCUGGUCUUUGGAAAGUCCAUCCUUGUCCGUCUCAGGGACACGCUGAAGGACAUCGGCACCGAUGAAAGAAACUUCUGGCUGGGUCAUGUUUACAACCUGCAGGGGUUCGUCCACUAUCACAUGGGAUUAGUUGAAGAGGCCCAGAGUUUCCUCAGCAAGGCCACCGAGGCUUUCCAUCAGAUUAGGAAGGGGGACUCGGAUGAGGGUCCCUGGUUGUUGGUGAACUAUGGGAACCUGGCUUGGCUGCACCACUACCUGGGUGAGGAGGAGGAGAGUGAGCGUUACCUGUCAAAGGUGGACGGCCUCAUGAAGGAGUACCCAUCUCCAUCCGAGGACGAGCUCCACCCAGAGGUCUACGCUGAAAAGGCCUGGACCCUGCUGAACUUUGGCAAAGACGCGAAGAAACAAGCUGCAGAUUAUUUCCAGAGAGCCAUCAGGAUGCAGCCGGACAUGGUGGAGUGGCAGACCAGCUACGUCCUGGGGUUGGUGAACGCUUUCAACUACAAGACGAAUCUGAGCACCGACGUCUUGGAGAAACUACGAGCAGCGACGGAGAAGGAUCCAGAGAACAUGUACCUCGCUAUUCACUGUCUCGAGCAAAAGGCAAAGGAAGGAGAAGACAUGGAGGAGAUAAAGGAUGAAGCUCGUGAGCUGGCUGAAAAGAUUUCAGUGAAUCCUGUCAGCAGCUACAGUGGUAUGAAAGCAAUACUGAGGCUCUACAAGAAAUACAUCUCCUACGAUGACGCCAUUAAUCUGGCAGAGGAGGCUCUGAGGAAGCAUCCAGACGAUCGCUACCUGAAGAGGUGUGCAGCGCUUUGCUACAAAUGGAAGAUCAUUUUUGACAAGGACAUUCUCCCAACACAAAGCAUGAUGGACAGAGCCAUCAGUCUCCACAGGGAUGUGAUCUCACUUUAUCCCGACUCUGCUCUGGUGAAGAAGAUCGACCUUGCUAAUAUUUACGGCAAAUCAAGUCAGACCAUGCACAAAGCAGAGCAGAUCUACCAGGAGCUGCUGGAGGAGGACAUGGAGCUGAUGGAUAAACAGGUGCUCUACUACCGCUACGCCAGAUACUUGGUCUUCGACCGCGACGAGCGCAACAUGUCGAUAGAUUAUCUCAUGAAGGCAGCAGAGAUACCUCAGUCAUCCUUCUUCCGUGAGAACAGCAUCAAAGAGUUGGAGAAGAUCCUGAGACGAAGAAAGAACCGACGGUGCAACGACAUCCAGGAGUUUCUGGAAAACCUGCAGGACUAUAAUCCUGAGCUGCUGGAGGAGCAGAUGGAGCUGAUGGAUAAACAGAUGCUCUACAACUGCUACGCCAGAUACUUGUACUACGACCACCGAGAGUACAACAAGUCAGUUAUCACGUGA